AAAAAGGUGAAUAAUUCUAAUGGCCAAACGGGUCCUUAGUUUUACCAUGCAGUUUUUAUUGAUUAAGCGCAUGUGCAAAGAAAAAGAGUGAUCUCUAGGCGUGGCAUAAAUUUUGUUGAAUCUGUUGGAUGUUAGACUUGACCACUAGUUUUAUGCGUGGAAAUCAAAAUAGCCGUCUAUUGAAAUUUUACAGCUAUGAAGGAAGCAAUGCCAAUUGAGGUAGAUAUCUCAUCUGGUGACUCAUCUUCCUCUGAUACAGAUGACCGUAAACCAGAAAGCAAAACGCUGAAAAACAGUAACACCAUUGAUCAACCUGUUUACGACUUUAAUUCUGAAGAUUCGAUGAUCAGAAAAGCAAGAAUGUACCAAGAGUACAUGCAGAUGAUCCCUCUUCCGACAAAGCGUGGCUUUGUUACCCCUUUCACCUCAUGGGCUGGAUUGGCUGCAUCUAUUAAGGAGUUAUAUGGGCAACCCCUGCAUUACCUGACCAAUAUCCAAAUGAAGCAGUGGGAUCAAAAUAGGUUUGGUGCUGAUGAUGAAGACGUCCCAUUAGACACCAUCAUCCAUCCUACCAAAGCUCAAGCAAGCAUCUGGCUUAUUGAAGAUGUUCACAGGCGUUCAACGUCUCCUUAUUACAUUGCUAGACUUUGGCUUGCUGAUCCAAUGUAUCAUGCUCAUGUUGAUCCUAUUUUCCCAAAGCUGCAGAAUUCAUCAAAAUAGAUUCUCUGCCAAUAUAUCUUCAUUGACUUGUUUCAGAUUCGUGAACCUUGUACUUGAAAUCAAUCUCAUCUGCAUCACUCUUCCCGAAACAACUAUUUUAUAUUAAAAAUUGUACAUCA